UGAACAGUGUUCAUGGUGUCACACCCACCCACCUUUCUUUAUUCUUCUCCAUUAUUCUCCUCUUCCUCUUCUUCUUCCUCCUCAUCCUCUCCUCCUCCUCCUCCUCCUCCUGGUUCCGCUCCAUACUUAUUUCCCGCUCCUUCUCCGUGAGCGGGUGCGCGGAGACACUCGCCUUGCACGUUGGAUCGGCGGCGGGCGUCGAAGCCGAGGGUUUUUCUUUCCGAGGGAAACCCAGCUUUUUGACACUUGCAAAAUGGGCUGCUUCACCAUUUUGAAGCAGAAUAAGAAGAAGAAAAAUGUGAGCUUUGCCAGCAAGAGACCACCAAAGUUGAAUGAGAGCUCAACUUCUACACUUCCUGAACCAGAGUGCGAUAAGCCAUCUCUUCAGUCGGCCCCUCCAAGUUUCAGAAACAGAACAAGAUCUUCUCAAUCUAUAUCACCAAAUGUGAGAGCUAGAGCAUUAUCUGAUCCUCCUAGCCUUAUCGUGGCAGAUCGGGAUGUUCUUGAAUUUGAUGAUCAAGAAGAGUGCAAGGGUCGAAGUUGGCCAGUGAAGGAUCAGCAUUUCUCAAAUCCGCUGCCACUUCCCCUUCCCUCACCACGCACCGACUCUGUUUUGAAGAAUUUCUCAAGUUUUAAGUCAAACCAACCAAUGAGUUCUAGUAACACCUCGGGUCCACUCCCAUUACCGCAAUCCAAGAAAGGGCUUCGGAAUUUCUCAUAUGAUGAAAUUUCAAUAGCUUCUCAACAUUUCUCGCUUGAAUUUGGCAUUUCUGAAAGCAGCUCGAUGACCGUUUGUAAUGCAACUUUUGGUAAUGAGAUAACUUCAAAGAAGAUUGAAGCCACAGUUACUUGCUUACAGCAUUUCUCACAGAAUUUGAAGGAAUUUGCAAGUGAGGUGAAUAUAAUAGCUUCACUACAGCAUCCUAAUCUUUGCAAGUUAAUUGGGUAUUAUGCUCAAGAUGGUUCUGAUGAGAGAAUGUUGAUAUAUGAGAGGCUCUAUCAUGGGAGUUUGGACAGACUGCUCCAUGGAAGAUCAGAUGGUCCUUCCAUUGAUUGGCUUACAAGGAUAAAAGUGGCGGUCUGUGCUGCAAGAGGUCUUGCCUUCUUACAUGAAGAAGGGCCUUUUCAGGCAAUGUAUCAUGAAUUCUCUAUUUCAAACAUACAAGUUGACAAGGAUUACAGUGCAAAACUCUCAGGAUAUGGAUUUGCCAGUUACUACAACCUAGACACAAGCAUAUCGAAUUCUUCUAUCGGCUCCGGGAACCUGUCAGUGGAGACCUUGGAGAAAGGAUUACUGACUCCUAAAAGCAAUGUUUGGAGUUUUGGAAUUGUCCUUCUUGAACUACUGACUGGACGGAAGAAUCUCGAUGCCAGGUACGCUAAAGAAGAGCGCAAUAUUGUCAAAUGGAGCAAGCCAUUCCUUGCCGAUGAUUGCCUCCUAUCAUUUAUCAUGGAUCCUCGAAUCAAAGGACGUUUCCCUCCCAAAGCAGCACGAACAGUCGCAGAUAUAAUAUCGAAGUGCCUUCAGAAAGAUCCUUCAGAAAGACCUACCAUGAGGGCUAUCGCUGAAUCACUGGAAAAUGUCCAAGAGAUGAAAUGCCUAAGCCGCUACCGUCUUAAAGAACCAUCUGCAGUUUCUGGGAAAAGGAUGCUGAAAUCUCAAACGAUAAAUGGCAUGGUCAUCCCUGCACCACCGCCCACAACUGCUUUUUCGCCGUCACCUCCAUCAAUAUCCCAACAGCUGUCGUUGCCGAGAACUUCAUUUUCAAUGCCACUGCGACUCCAGAACUGUUCGACCACAGCUUCAUUUGAAGAUAGUAGGAUAAGCAGCCCCAGGAAACCCAGCUCUAUGUUACAUAGGUCGACCAGACUCGAAGGAUUUUAACUGUUCAUAUAUUCUUUAUUUGAGUGUUUAUGUUUGAUGCUUUAUUUGUGAUUUCGAUGUGGAUACAUGAAGUAUAGAUGUGCCUGUUGAAACAGGGUUGAGACAAUUUGUAGAUAGAAGAUGAGUGUCAGGUUGCGUCGUCGCAUUAUGAAUGAAAGAAUCAGUUAUCUAGUAGGGAGUGAACUUUGUUCGACAUCUGUAAAUAAAGUAAAUGUGAUCCUCUCGUAUUAGAAAAGUUGGUUUGUUCAUGAGUUUCCAUUUGAUGAUGUGCAAUAACUCAUUGCUCAAAAA